UGGUUCUCGUUCUCGUUCCUCCCCUCGACUCGUCUCAUUAUAACCAGACCAGCCCAAUGGCAGGAGGCCCACGGACCGUGCAGCUUGACCCGUUCCGUUGAAUUGAUUCCGCCAGGUGCCGAAGUGAAGAUGUUAGAUGAGAAUCUGCCCACCUUCUACCUCAAACUCAACAAGCAAUCCAAACUCUGGACCAUCUACCUGUGCCAACACGGCAACGACCCGGACCCAGCCUACGCCCUCCGCUACCCAGAGCCGUCCUCCCCCUCGUCGCAGAACCGCUACGCCUCGGCCCUCUACGACCCCUACGUGCCCGACAUCCUCUUCGGCGAAGUCCUGAUCAUCCCAGAAUGGACGCAACCCAGCCUCUCCGCGGAAUCCAUCCGACUGAACAACGGGGUCCCGCCCCCUCCUGAACCCCUCCUCCCGUCCCAAUUCACCAUCAACCUCUACAACCCCGACCAGCAAGUCGUCGUGCACUUCAAGCCCAAGACAUGGAACAGCGGCGCGACGUGGACCUUCGAGAUGCCACAGCACAGCUUCCGACAGCCUUCCUCCUCGACGCUCGACCGCACCCAAACAGACCCCGCCAUGGCCGACACCACGCCCAAACUCCGCUUCACCUGGCGGAAGGACGGCAAGCUGUCCAAGGACAUGACGUGUUUCAUGUCCGGGAAGACAACCACCAUCCCCGAGACGAAAGCCAAGAGCAAGGAGCCGGACAUCACCGUGUCGAUAUUCAAGGGUCAGCGUGAGUUGACCCUCUACGAACCGAAUCUGUAUCGCGUCGAAAUGGAGGAUUUCAAGGGUCUGGAGGUCGUGUUGCUUCUGGGCGCUGUUACUAUCCGAGACGUGUAUUUCGCGUCAAUGAAGGAUGCGUUCCACGUCACCAAGCCAGCGAACAUGAUGGCGUCGUCACCGGGGGCAGGAGUGGGCGCGGGGGGUUCGAAACCCCUCCCUGGUAUUCCUGCCGUCGCCUCGGGCGCACUCACUUCGCCAUCACGGCCCCAACCCCAGUCCCCCCGCAAAAGCUCCAAACAACUCGACGAAGAGCGCCGCACCCAACAACUCCUCGAACAGGAAGCCUCCGAGCGCCGCGCGCGCCAAGCCCAGCGCCAGGCCGAAAUCGACCGCGAAACCCGUCGCCUGCAGAGCAUCUACGGACAAGAGGAGGAGCGCGCGCGCAUGCAGACCCCCGCGUUACCACCACGCCAACAACCACAGCCACAACCACAGCAACAGACACAGGCACAACCCCCCCGUCGACGUCCCCACUCGGGCAUCCUCCCGCAGCUCCAGACACGCUUCCCGGCUGGCCCUGUCCCCUCACAGUCCCAGUCUCAGCCUCAGUUGCAGACGCCGACGCAGACGCAGUCCACACAACAUCUCCCCCUCCGACCCGCAAACCAGCCGCAUUACUCGUAUCCGUACCAGGACGGAAGACGGCGGCAGCAGACGGGUCCGUACCUGUCCACCGGGGGAGGGGGGAUGAGUGAUCCGCGGCGGCAGUCGGCGGUGCGGUUUGCGUUGCCCGAGGAGGGGGAUGAGCCCGGGCCGGCGCUGCAGCCGAAGAAGAGCAGUUUCUUUAGAUUGAGGAGGUCGUCGGCGGAUGAGGCGAAGUUGAGUAAGAAGAGGAGUUCGAUGUUUUGAUUGAUGGUUUUAUUUUUAUGGUGGUGUUGGUUUGAUACCCGGUUUGUAUGUGCCGAUGGGAUGGAUGGAUGGAUGGAUGGAUGGAGGGAAAUGGAGUAUGAGGGUUAUACAUCAAUAUUAUUCUUCCCGGUGUGUGUAUUCAACCCGUACACUGUAGCUGGGAUAUGGUUAUAGUUAUAGGAGGGAUCUGUAACUUGGACUAGGGAUCCAUCCUACUUUCUAGGAACUCAUUA